AUGAGUCACGACGACGAGCCUAAGACCUACCGCUACAAUGAGAAGCCGGUCUACACGGCCUCCAACGGCUGCCCGGUCAUGGAUCCCCAGGCCGCCCAGCGCGUGGGCCCUAACGGUCCUUUGCUGCUCCAGGACUUCCACUUGAUUGAUUUGCUCGCUCACUUUGAUCGUGAGCGCAUUCCUGAGCGAGUUGUCCAUGCAAAGGGUGCCGGUGCCUAUGGUGAAUUCGAGGUGACGGAUGAUAUCAGCGACAUCACCACUAUCGACAUGCUCAAGGGCAUUGGAAAGAAGACUAAGCUGUUGACUCGCUUCUCGACUGUCGGCGGUGAGAAGGGCUCCCCCGACAGCGCUCGCGACCCCCGCGGUUUCGCCAUCAAGUUCUACACGGAAGAAGGCAACUGGGACUGGGUCUUCAACAACACCCCGGUCUUCUUCCUCCGUGACCCGGCCAAGUUCCCCAUUUUCAUCCACACCCAGAAGCGCAAUCCGCAGACCAACCUCAAAGAUGCCACCAUGUUCUGGGACUACCUCUCCACCCACCAUGAGGCAGUCCACCAGGUGAUGCACCUCUUCAGUGACCGCGGUACCCCGUACUCUUACCGCCACAUGAAUGGCUACUCUGGCCACACCUACAAGUGGGUCAAGCCUGACGGCAACUUCAACUAUGUGCAGAUUCACUGCAAGACCGACCAGGGCAACAAGACCUUCACCAACGACGAAGCUACGAAGCUCUCCGCCGAGAACCCCGACUGGCACACCGAAGACCUCUUCAACGCCAUUGAACGCGGCGAGAGCCCCUCAUGGACCUGCUACGUCCAGGUCCUCAGCCCCGAGCAGGCUGAGAAGUUCCGCUGGAGCGUUUUCGAUCUGACCAAGGUGUGGCCGCAGAGCGAAGUGCCUCUCCGUCGCUUCGGCCGCUUCACCCUGAACAAGAACCCGCAGAACUACUUCGCCGAGAUCGAGCAAGCUGCCUUCUCUCCGUCACACAUGGUUCCCGGCGUUGAACCUUCCGCCGAUCCCGUCCUGCAGUCCCGUCUCUUCUCCUACCCCGAUACCCACCGUCAUCGCCUGGGAGGAAACUACGAGCAGCUCCCAGUCAACUGCCCGCUCAAGGCAUUCAACCCUACCCACCGCGAUGGGUACAUGAAUAUCCACGGCAACUACGGCGCCAACCCCAACUAUCCUUCCACCUUCCGCCCAUUGACCUACAAGCCUGUCCAGGCCAGUCAGCAGCACGAGAAGUGGACCGGUGCUGUCUUAUCCGAGCAGCUCCCUGUUACUAGCGAGGACUAUGUGCAGGCCAAUGGUCUCUGGCAAGUCCUGGGUCGCCAGCCUGGUCAGCAGGCGAACUUUGUGAAGAACGUUUCGGGCCAUCUUUGCGGUGCACACGAGCGCGUUCGCAAGGCCACCUACCAGAUGUUCGCUCGGGUGAACAAGGAUCUCGGGGCUCGUAUUGAGGCUGCGACGGAGGCCAAUGUGGCGCCCUCUGCUCGUCUGUAG